CCAAAAAAAUCUGAGAAGCCUUUUUGACCCAUAAUUUUUUGGUGUGAAAUUUCAUAAUAAUUCACCUUCUGUUCACUGGUCAAUUCGUAUGUAUCUAUCGGACGUCUGCCGUCCAUACAAACGCACAGACUCGAAGACUUUUUUCUGUCGUUCCGUGUAGCUUUCUCUCUUUUGGCUGUUUAUAAAUUAAAGCUGCGUGGCUUCAAGAACUGAGGAUUAUAAUACAAUCUCUAUCUUGUAUUGUUCCUUAUUCUUGGGUUUCUACCAAGUCUUCAUCUUUCUGGUUCAAUCUUUAUUUUCUUCAUUUGUUUCCCACUGGGUUUUCAUUUAUUUCAAGGGUGAUAGUUUUUGACAAAUUGGUCAAAGAAAAACAGCCAUAGGUAUUGGGGAUUGGGGACUUGGGUUUGAUUCUUUUUUUCUUUUUUAUCUUAAGGAUUUCAAAUUCUGCUGUAAAUUAUUUAGUGUUAAUUUUUGUGAUUGAAGUUUUAGUUUGUUGACAAAGCUUAAUUUUGAGGCCUUGUGAUUAUUAGUUCGUUUCAUAGUUGACUGGCUGAUAUUGAAAGAGAUCUAGUUAUUGACAGAUCGGAUUAUCAAAGUUGGUUGUCUGGGCCAUUGGGGUAUAACAAUCUUCCCCCCUCCUGCUGAGAAGCUCGUUGUAGAGUUUUUAAAAAAAAAGCCUCGAGUUUGAAUUCGGUUCAAACCGAUAUUACAGCUGCUUUGUAGAUUUUGUAUUGAAGUCUGAAAUCUGUAUUUGGAAUAGUUUUUAAGUUGCUAAAGAAGAUGACAAUUGAAAAUCAUGCUCCAAAGAAGGAGACAAAGUCAAGGAAGAGCAAACAAAUUAAUGAGGAUGCUCCCUUAUUGCCCAAGAGGGAACAGGAUGCUGCAGGUUUUGAUGAGUUUGAUGGCGCCUCCUUUACUGGAGCAGUGUUUAAUUUGUCAACUACUGUAGUUGGUGCUGGAAUCAUGGCACUCCCUGCUACCAUGAAAGUGUUAGGUCUUGUACUUGGGAUUGCCAUGAUCAUCUUUAUGGCUUUCUUGACAGAGGCUUCAAUUGAGCUGCUGCUUAGGUUUAGCAGGGCAGGGAAGUGUGCUUCCUAUGGAGGACUUAUGGGAGAUGCUUUUGGAAAGUAUGGGAGGAUUUUAUUGCAACUUGCUGUGUUGGUUAACAACAUUGGUGUACUCAUUGUGUACAUGAUAAUUAUUGGUGAUGUGCUUUCUGGAACAUCUUCAAGUGGAGUUCACCAUGCUGGUGUGCUUGAAGGGUGGUUUGGAGAACACUGGUUCACUGCACGUUUCUUUGUCGUUCUUGUCACAACACUUGCUAUAUUUUCUCCACUCGCUUGCUUUAAGAGAAUCGAUUCUUUAAGCUUCACAUCUGCCUUAUCAGUUGCUCUAGCAGUCGUUUUCCUUGUCAUCACUGUGGGAAUUACAAUUGUCAAGUUGAUAAAUGGAAGCAUAAUGAUGCCCAGAUUGCUACCUGAUGUUACUGAUUUGACAUCAUUUUGGAAACUCUUUACCGUUGUCCCUGUCCUUGUCACUGCAUACAUCUGCCACUACAAUGUUCACAGCAUAGAUAAUGAACUUGAGGACUCUACUCAGAUUAAAGCAGUUGUACGAACAUCACUUGCUUUGUGCUCAAUUGUGUAUAUAAUGACCAGCAUCUUUGGAUUUCUUCUAUUUGGUGAUGGAACUCUUGAUGAUGUGCUUGCCAAUUUUGAUACUGACCUUGGCAUCCCUUUUGGUUCCCUGCUUAAUGAUGCUGUCCGUGUUAGUUAUGCUGCUCAUCUCAUGCUUGUAUUUCCAAUCGUCUUUUAUCCCUUACGACUCAACUUGGACGGUCUCUUAUUUCCCUCAGCAAGGCCUCUUCAUCAGGAAAAUAUGAGGUUUGCAUCAAUUACCAUUGGACUAAUCGCUCUGAUCUUCUUGGGUGCCAAUUUCAUUCCAAGCAUCUGGGAUGCUUUCCAAUUCACUGGAGCAACUGCUGCGGUUUGCCUUGGAUUCAUUUUUCCUGCUUCCAUCACUCUUAGGAAUCGUCAUGAUAUAGCAACAAAGAAGGACAAGAUCUUGUGUAUUUUCAUGAUUGUCCUUGCUGUAUUCUCAAACUUGGUGGCCAUAUAUAGUGAUGCCUAUGCAUUGAUUAAAAAGAACUCAUCACCUCGCGAAUGAUCUCUCAUAUUGCUUCAUACUGUGAAAUGAACUGAGAAGCAAGGUCAUCUUUAAGCUAAGAUACCUUAAUUUGCAGAAUCAUUCAGUCGAACUUAAAACCUGAGUCCUCUAGGAAGGUGUAAUGAGUUGAAGUAUUAAUAAGAUGAGCACUCGGAUAAAUGUAUAAAAUCACUUUGCUAAAGACAUACACGUUCCCUAAACCCUUUCAGAUUGUGUAUUAUGUGGAUUGUUGUUCUGGUUUGUGCUUUAUUUUAGUUUUACUGUGUUGGACCUGAAUCAAAUUAUAAAAAUGACCGCUGCUUUUUCUAGCUAUA